CACAUGCGCAGAACGCUUCUGAGGUCGCCGACACCGGUAGUGACGCAGACAUGGCGUGCGCUGCUGCCACUCGUCUGACGGCUCGCUGGUUAGCUUCAUCACUUUCUUCAGGCUCUUUAACUGGUCGUUUUCUUUUAGUAUCUGCUGGAAAUGGUGCAGUUUGUAAAGCAGCCGUGUGUCAGGCGUACCGGGGAGGGAUAGCUGUUAGCUUCAGCUCUUUCGCACGAGGAAAUGUUGUGACAUUGACAAGAGUGACAGGGGGGACGUGCCACCAUGGAACUCCCUGCCACUCUUUCCAUUCCAGCUCCAUGUUGGCAAAUAAACAGGACUUCUAUGAAAUAUUGGGUGUCUCCCGCAGUGCGUCACAGAAAGACAUUAAGAAGGCGUACUAUCAGUUGGCAAAAAAAUACCAUCCAGACACAAAUCCCAAUGACCCAGAGGCCAAAGAGAAGUUUGCCAAACUCGCUGAAGCCUAUGAGGUUCUGAGUGAUGAGUUAAAGAGGAAGCAGUAUGAUACAUAUGGAGCCGCCGGCUUCGAUCCACAGCGGGCCGGAGCUGGACAGCAGCAGUACUACAGGGCAGGAGGCUCCAGCAUCGACCCGGAGGAACUCUUCAGGAAGAUUUUUGGGGAGUUCUCAGGGGGCAUGGGCUUUGGAGACAUCCAUAAUAUGUUUGAUCAAAGGCCGGAGUAUAUGAUGGAGCUCACAUUCACUGAGGCUGCUAAAGGUGUGAAUAAGGAGCUGAGUGUGAACAUCGACGACAACUGUCCAAGGUGUGGUGGAAUAGGCAACGAGCCAGGCACCAAGGUGUCACUCUGUCACUACUGUAACGGCACCGGCAUGGAGACGAUCAGCACCGGCCCAUUCAUGAUGCGCAGCUCGUGCCGGCGAUGCAGAGGGAAAGGGUCCAUCAUAAACACUCCCUGUGCUCUCUGUCGAGGUUCUGGACAAACCAAAAAGAGGCACACAGUGGCUGUUCCUGUCCCAGCAGGGGUGGACAACGGUCAGACUGUGCGCAUGUCAGUUGGAACCAAAGAAAUCCUAAUUACCUUUAGAGUCCAAAAGAGCCCAGUGUUCAGACGGAAUGGAGCAGACAUCCACUCAGACGCGUUUAUCUCUAUAGCUCAGGCUAUUCUGGGAGGCACAGCAACAGCACCGGGGCUGUAUGAAACCAUCAGUAUAGUGAUUCCUGCUGGUUGUGAAGCGGAUCAGGUGAUUCGGCUGCAGGGCAAAGGGAUCCGGAGGAUGAACAGCUUCGGCUACGGAGAUCAUUAUGUUCACAUCAAGAUCAAAGUGCCCAAGAAAGUGACACAAAGGCAACGCUCUUUGUUACUGAGUUAUGCAGAAGAGGAGGCUGAUGUUCAAGGAACCAUCAAUGGAUUCAGUCCUUCAAAAGCAGGGGGCAGCAAACACCAAAGCUCAGGUGCAAAGUCAGAAGAAAAGCAGGAGCAGAAGGAGGAGGGAGGCUUCUUUUCCAAACUAAAGAAAAUGUUUAGCUAACACUUGACUGCAGAUUAAAGAAAAAAAUAAUAAAAAUGCACAAAGAAGAAGAAGGAGAAGUAAAUUCACCCUCUGAUCCUCCAUGCUGCAGAUAAUGAGCAAAGAAAGGACGGACAGCUGGACAUAUGUUGGAGUUAUAGGUCAUGUAGGGGAUGGUUUCACCUCCAUGUAAAAGACCUUGUGACCAUCAUCAUGUCUGCUUGAGGAACUAAAGAGCCAAACAGUCAUGAAAUAAAUAGUUUUCCUGCUUAAUGUAACCCCAGUUUUUGAGGUAAAUCUAUCAAAGUGAUACCUGGAGAUCUUAGAAAUGGGAGAAAAACACAGUCAAUAAUAACAGAUUUUUCUUAGAUAAAAA